AUGUGUUCCAAUGGCAAACAUUUGACGCGAGAAGGAGUAAUUGGCCGUUAUGAGCGAUAUUUGUAUCCCAUCGAUGUUUCCUAUCAGAAUGUUAAUGAGGUGUACUUACCGGUCCUUCUCAAAAACCAUUGGUCGCUGUAUGUUUAUGACAUCCAUAACAAACGAAUCCAACUCUUGGAUUCUCGACCUGGAAGGAGAAGGAGUAGUAUGAGUGGGAUACAACAAAAUUUGGCCAAGGUUGUUCUAUGGCUUGUUGCCUACAAGAAACAAAUGGUUGAUGUAGACUUCAAGAUGUUCCGUUUUGUCAUGCCAGACGUACCAAGUCAACCAAAUGACAAUGACUGCGGAGUAUUUGUGAUGAAAUUCAUGGAGAACUGGUCAAAUGGAGGCCUCUCCAAAUCCAUCGAUGUGGGCAAGAUUAACAAGUAUAGUUGAAGAUAUUAG